AUGCGUCUCUCCGGCCUCCAGAAGGAGGUUCUAGCCCUCUACCGUCAUUGUCUUCGCGAGAGCCGCAAGAAGCCCGAGGUACCAGCGGUGCCCUACCCCAACGCGUUCAACCGCAUUUUCAAGCUUUUGCGAGAAUUUGCCAAGAGUCGAGAUAUUGACAAGCGAGACUUUGCAGCCAUUGAGUUUCUACUGCGCAAAGGAAAACGUCAGCUUCAAGUAUACUCCUCUAGCGGAAUCAAGGACAUAAGAUAG